CAGCCAUGAGUUACCAGGCCAAGCAUCGAUGGUGACGUACAGUUCUGAUGCAGAGAGCGUGAUUACUGGGAUGAUACCCGAUUUAAAGUCUUUACGGGAUGCCCGAGAGACAUCUAUCUUGGCAGCCGGGAUUUUCCCUAUCUAGAAAACCGGCGAAAAGACCCACAACGCGCAGGACAAACCGAGGAGAAGCACGAAUUGCAUGCAAACCGUUGCAACUUGAGUUCAUUAUCGAGCGACCUAACAGAAACCAUGAGACCAACAAAUCUUCCUCGGUGACCAAUUGCUCAUAUUCAAAAGCGCUACUGGGACCUACCACUGCUUAUCAGGCAAAUUUUGGGUCUAAUGUCACUGCCUGUGAAGAGACUCGGCAUUCGACCGAGACGCCAUUCCGACCUUUGGGCGAUGAAUCACUGAUUAGGAAUGACGACUCAUGUGACGUGGUGACAACUCAUAAGAAGAGCUCUUAUCCUAUCUCUAUUCCGCCGACUGUACUGUACAACAACCUUUUUCAGCGCUUUCAGCCUAUCCUCGAUAGAUAUAACGACGAUUUUUGCAAAAUCCCAUUGACUACUGAUUUACGAGCGAAUCCCUUUCAAUACCGAAAGGAUCUCGACCCGGAACCCGCUUGUUUAGUCCACGCUGUAAUGGGUUUAGCUGGCCAUCACGUCGAGAGCCGAUCUUCUCAAAGUCAUCGCCAUGUGGCACUUCAGAUGCUUCGCGAGGGUCUCAGUAUCUACAGUGAUGCCAGAGAUUGCUACUCUAUGCUCGAUACGAUCAUCAUUAUAUUUUCACUAGACGAGACUCAGUCUGCCCUCGGAAACUGGAAAACACAUCUCUUAGGGGCUUAUGGUCUCCUCGAAGCAUGCGGUGGUUUCGAAAAUUGGACGAUGUCCUCUAGGUUAGAGGUACAAAUAGGAUUGCUUACAUGGUGGGAUGCAAUAAUCAGCUUAGUGUCUAGGGAAGUCUGCGUGUUUCCUUACACAUACUUCGAAGCCAUUCAGUCAAACAAUAGUGGUCCAAAUCGAGAAUGGGAUUACUUUGGGCUAUGCGGGUGCCCAUUGAGUCUCGUCAAGAUAGUUAUGCGACUGGCACGCCUGAGCGCAAAAGAGCAGAUUUCAGACUCGGUGGAACAAAUAGAACUUUACACGAGUGUAAUAUCGGGAAUUGAACAGUCACUUGAGGCCUGGAACUAUACUUCCCACGAGUCGACUUUUGACAGCGAAGAGUCUAUGCACCAGGACCAAGAUCGUAUGCACUGCUCCGAAGCCUGGAGGAAUGGUCUUCUCCUUUACAUAUAUAGGGUGUUCUAUUGGAAGCCUGGAAGCGACGUCCCGAUGCGUAUUUUAUACCGCGCAAGAGUCAUUGUGGACCACAUUUUUGCGUGUCGAGAUGAAAACAUGGUUUCCAGACAGGCCUUGUUACCGCUCAUCUUUGCAGGCUGCGAGUUGACAGAAGCGUCUUUGCGGCAAAAGAUUAUUAAACGCUGCUCUGUUUGGAAUGACAGAACCAGGUAUUAUAUAUUUAGCAGCGCCAUACCUCUUCUUGAAGAGGUAUGGGCUGAGCAAGAGAAAAGAGGAUUUGAGAACGUGUGGUGGGGACAAAUAGUGGAUAGACAGCACAUGUCGGAGUCUCAUAAUUCUCUGCCAAUGCGAAUUUGCUUUGGAUAAUUAAGCAAAAUACCCAAUCAUCCUGUGGGUUGGAAAACACAUGUAAUACUCUAAAUAUGAAGUAGACAAACAGAUGAAAGGCCCUCCGCCGAAAUCCUGUCCGUUCUCAAUUUCAAGGACCCCCUGGCAUUUCGAUGCUACUAGGAAGCUUCAAGG